AUGGACGCCGGACCAUCACGCCAUGCGACGGUGACGGACGAGGCGGAGGAGCUAGUUCUCGAAGCCGGCGUUCCGACAAGUACCGAGGUCAACGGUAACGGUACCGGCGCGGCCAGCCCCGUGUCGGAACCCGAAGCAAGCGAGACGCUGUACCUCCACAACCUGAACGAGAAGGUACAAGUGGAUGUGAUGAAGACAACCCUCACAACGCUGUUUAAACCGUAUCAUCCUCUUCAGCCUAUUAUCGCGCACGGCAACGCGCGGAUGAAGGGACAAGCGUUCAUUUCGUUCCGGGACAAAGAGACGGCCGAGCGGGCGAUGGAAGACGUCGCCGAGUUCCCGCUCUAUGGUAAACCCAUUAUUAUCCAGUUUGCCAAGAAGCGUUCCGACGUGGUUAUUAAGCGCGAGCAGGGAGAGGAAGAGUUCGAGAAGUGGCUCGUAGAGCGCAAGGAGCAUAAGAAGACGACACGGAACACGAACGCUUGGAGGCUGAAGCAGCGCGCUAAGCACCAGGCCGGCGCCACCGACGAACCCUCGGCCGCGAAGAAGCCGCGGCUGCAGAUGCCGGACGAGUACCUUCCUCCCAACAAUGUGCUGUUCGUCCAGAACCUUCCUGAUGGCACUACGGCCGAGGACCUACGCGAGGUGUUCGAGCAGUAUGCUGGGCUCCAGGAGAUUCGUACAGUGCCCGCCAAGCGCGAUAUUGCGUUCGUCGAGUUUGUCGACGAGGUGACGUCGGCCGUCGCAAAGGACGCGCUGCACAACUUCAAGAUCGACGGCGAGACCAAGAUGAAGGUCACGUUUGCGCGCAAGUAG